AUGGAUGCAGGUGGCGGUCUGCCAGCCAAAACGAUGAUUGCUCGUGUUUCUGUGCCUAAUAGCCAGUUCAAUUUGGACCCUAAUCGUGUAAUUGAUAUUGCACUGGAAUGCUAUGAAUGUUGUGUUUCUCAAAAAGACUUCUAUAUAUCCUUGCUGAAGGAAAUAAAAGCUAACAAGGAUUAUCUAUGCACUUUGCUUGGAUUUAAAUAUACAUUUCCUAUACAGUCAUCGGUUCCAAAGCAGAGGGUAUCGAAGAAACACAAUCAGAAGGCUACGAGAGCUGCAAAAGCAGGAGAAAGGGCUAGAAAGGCAGAGACUAUUUUGGCGUCAAACAUACCUGUUGAUGCAUCCCGCAAUGCGAAUGUCGAUGUUAUGGACACUGGCCAGUCUAUUGUUGGAGUAUCGCUUGCCACUGUAGCUGCAAUUCAGGAAGCUGAUGAUGCCAAGCUUGCUGCUGAGCUUAAAGAGGAAUCAAUUCUGUCGACAAAUCAAAAACUUGGUUUGGUUUGCGCUCUGAUAGAGGAUGGUGCAUGGUCUCUGGCGAAAACUAUAAUCGAUCGUCUACCUGAGUACUAUGCUGUACAGGCAAGCACACGAGUGAGCAAUGCAAUCUCUGAUCUCAUCGGUAAAGCCAUAGAGAAAUUCUACGGGGAGAAAUGCUCAAAUAGACUCGAAGACCUCGAUUUGGACGUAAAACGCAAUGAUAACUCCAGAUCAGUAGAACAAGUAGGUUGUGAUUUUUUUCAAAGAAUUUUUUAA